AUGUCUUUUGAUCAGUUAUCGUCAAUAGAAUCCGGCAGCGGGGCUGGUCGUCGCCAAAAUAAUGGCGCCUAUGCGGAUGACCCGGAGUUCACUCGAUUAUCGCAAGGCCUUAUGAACAAACUCUUUCACCUGCAGGGUAAUAUUUCAAAGCUUAAGUCGGAUAUCGGUCUCCUCGGUACUCGACGGGACAAUCCUAGAUUGCGCGAGCGGGUCCACGUUGUAAUUGAGGAGUCUACGGAGCAAUUCAAGGAGGUUGGUGAAGGUAUCAAGAAGAUUCAGACAUGGGAAGAGCCUACUCCCACCCAGAAAUAUUCGCAACAGAAGCUGUCGCGCGAAUUCAAGGCCGCCCUUAGCGAAUUCCAAAACCUUCAGCGCACCGCCCUCGAGAAACAACGAGCCUCGGUUAGCGCGGCCAAGGCAGCACUCGACCAUGAUCCGUCUGGUGAGGGCGCCCCAUCUGACGCCACCGGCGAGCAACUACAGCUCCAGCAGCAGGAACAAGUCCACCUGGCUCCCCAGGAUGAAGUUGACUUCCAAGAGGCCUUAAUUACCGAACGAGAGGAGGAAAUCCGCCAGAUUGAGGAAGGUGUUGGUGAUCUCAAUGUGCUUUUCCAACAAGUGGCACAGAUCGUCAGCGAGCAGGGUGAGGUGCUAGAGACGAUUGAGAGCAAUGCCGUUAAUAUUCGCGACGAUACCCGCGGUGCCGACUACGAGUUGAGAAGUGCUGCAAGAUAUCAAAAAAAUGCCCGGAGCAAGGCAUGUUGCUUGCUAUUAAUCCUAGCCGUGAUUAUGGCCAUCGUCCUCUUGGCUGUAUUCUUGGGAUGA